AUGGACCUCCUUCCAACAGAAAUUAACAUUGUCACUCUCAACUGCUGGGGCUUGCGCUUCGUCUCCAAGUGGAGAAGCGAGCGUAUCCUUGAGAUUGGCCGUCGCUUAUCGGCCACCGCGCCAGGCAUCGUGGCACUCCAAGAGGUUUGGAGUGGGGAAGACUAUGAAAUCCUCCGCCGCGAGACCCGUACGGUGCUCCCAUACGGCAAACAGUACCACGCCGGCGUAUUUGGCUCUGGCCUCGUGAUCCUCUCAAGAUGGCCACUGGAAGAGAGCUCAAUGUUUCAGUUCCCUUUGAACGGCCGGCCGACUGCUUUCUUCAGGGGGGACUGGUACGCUGGCAAAGGUGUUGCCCACGCGAGGAUCCGCUACGGGCCGCUGAAGAGCCAAGUCAUUGAGGUCUUUAACGUACAUACGCAUGCAGCCUACGAAACAGAAGAAAAAGAUGCCUACGCGGCGCACCGCGCAUCCCAGGCUUGGUUCUUCGCCAAGCUCCUUCGCAGCGCCUCCGAACGUGGCCACCUGGUCGUCGGCCUAGGCGACCUUAAUGCGCCACCCUUUUCCCUACCACACCGGCUUGUGACCGGCCAUGCGCCGGUCCGCGACGCCUGGCGCGUCUUACACCACAGCCACCUGGACGACGAGACCCCCGAGGAUCCGAAUCGCCACCGCAGGAAACCACCCACAGCCGACUUCAACCUCCGGCAAAACGGCGUCACCUCGGACAGCGUGUUCAACACGUGGCGGUGGGACAGUAAACGACAGAAACGGCUGGGCCCACCGAUGGGAGGAAAGGUGAUCACGCGCAAAGCCAGCCGCCACCUAAGCCUUGUCGAAGUCAGCGACCUACGACCCGAGCAGCCCAUGAGGACGGCCCGGUGGCAGGAGGACAAUGGGGUGCCUUCGGAUGCGCCAGACCCUAAGGGAAAGAGGAUAGACUACGUCUUUGCCGGCACGGGAGAUCCGGCAUUAAUAGGGGGCGUGUGGACGGUCAGGAAUGCCAAAGUCGGUAUGGUAGAGCGCCAUUCAGAGCUGGGCUGCUCCCUGAGCGACCAUUUUUCCGUCGAGGUGACGCUCAAGUUCCACCCGACAAUGAUUCCAACUGGACCGGAACCUCCUACGCCGAGGAACAUACCUUUACCUCCAGAGGAGUCGGAAAAGGCCAUACCCGUCCCUCCUCGCACCCCGCUGUCCCCCGUGGCAAACAAAAAAAUCACACCUAGGGCGUCGGCAAUGUCGUUCCAGGAAGCCGUCAAGCAGAAGAUGCGAGAGCAGGAAAAGGCGCAACAGGACGCCGAGGUCGCGACGAACAACGACGGAGCCACCAUACUGGUCGAGAGGGGCACAUACCUAUCCAGCCCGGCCCCGUCCCUCUCCGACGCUAACGAUGAAAAUGGGGACGGCGACGAUCGGUACGAGCACCACGAACAACAGCAGCAGCAGCUCGCCCGCACAAACACCCUCGCCGGCUCAGUCAUGACGCUGGGCGGCGCCCGGCGCGAGUCCACCCACGGCGCGGCAUCCCAGGCCGUCCCGCCGGCCCUGUACGACGAGGUCCUCGCCCUGACCAGGGCCUGCGCCAGCAGGGAGGAGAAGCAGCAGCUGUGGCGCGCCUUCCACUUCUUCGCCGGCGCGCUGCUGUGGGUCGCCUGCCUGGUCGCGGUCUGGUUCGUCCCGGCGGGACUCGGCUACGUCACUUUUAUCCUCAUCCUCGUCGGCGGCCUGAGCCUGGCGGCCGGGACGGUCGAUGGCCUGAUCGCGCUGCUGUUCCUGUCGUCGGAGCUCAGGUCGCUGAGGGAGCUCGAGUGGGAGGUGAUGAACGCGCGGUCGGCGGCGGCGGCCAUCGUCGUGCCCAGCACGGCCACGAGGGCUGCCGCCGCCGCCGCCGCCGCUGGCGCCGGGAGAUUGACGGACAGGAGCCAUGCAAUAUCCACGACGACGGCCACUACUUCAAUAAACAAAAACUGGUAG